ACCACCACCAUGUCCACCAGUACAGACACGAACCCCACAUCUACACCAAAGGAGGACGAACAACAGAAAGAUCCGAAAUGGAAAGGUCAGUCUCGGACGCUCAAAAUUUGUCAUUGGUGCGCGAAGAAGCAAGAGCCUGGGGUGAAGCCCUUUCAGGCUUGUGCGAAAUGUAAGGAGGUCAUUUAUUGUAGCAAGGAAUGCCAGGUCGCCAGCUGGCCUCAUCAUAAGGGUCCCUGUAAAAGUGCUGUCGAAUCGAAGAAACAGCUGGAGGGUAAACCUGAACUAGCUCAGCAAAUCGCUGUCUUCAAGAAAUGGCAUUCCACCAACGUCGACCUCCUCCGCCACGCCUUCAUCUGCGCUCUCGACCUAGGCCACAACCCCACCGCAGCCACCACAAACCUCAUCUUCAUCGCCCUAACCCUCAAACCCGACCACGCAACACAACCCGCCCGCGCAAAAUACACAGUCCACAACGGGUUCACGCUCACCGACGCCGAAGCACGCGACAUGCUGGGCGCACAGGGGCCGCAGGGCCUACAGAUGCUGGAGAACGCGAGGCAGAAUUCGGAGUUUAUGAGGAAGAAGGGCGGGUUGGGAUUGGCGCGGUUGUUGUUGAUGGAGAAUGAGAAGAAGAUGGUGGAUUUUACGACGAUUGUUUUGCCGAGUAAGGAGAAUGCGAGGUUGGCGCAGGAAAAGGAGGAUUGGGGGGAGGAUUGGAUUGAGCAACUCAGGCUAGCGCUUCCAUAGUGUCUGACUGUACAAAUACUGCAGUUCCUUUGGUUUGCUGCGACUGCCAACUAAGUAGGGCCCAUCUAUCACGGCACACCAUGUAUCUAUUAGUUAAGACAACAGCCGC